AGUCUUUCUAAUGCAUCGUCAGUCCGCAGGUAAGGUUGGUAAGAUCAGGUGACGCACAAUGAUGCGAGUGUUUGCCUGGAUAUGGCUAGUAUGUGCAGCGGCAGUGAGCGUGUCGGCGAAGAGACCAAACGUGUUGCUGUUCCUAGCAGAUGAUUUAGGGAUAGGUGACCUUGGCUGCUACGGUAACACUACCAUCAAGACGCCUCACAUUGACAGAUUGGCCUCAGAUGGGGUGCGUCUCACUCACCACUUGGCAGCUGCAGCCAUGUGCACCCCAAGUCGCGCCGCCCUGCUCACAGCUCGCUACCCAGUUCGAUACGGGCUGGAGGAAGGGCCAGAAGACUAUCUCCUACCAGUAAUAUUACACAUAACCAGCCAGAGCGGACUCCCUGCUGACGAGAUUACCAUAGCUUCGGCGCUUACCGCCGCUAAUUACACUACUGGUCUCGUGGGAAAGUGGCACCUGGGGAUGAACUGCACGCUUUUCGGCCGCUCCUGCCCAGGUCCGCUCAAUUAUGGUUUUCAGUCAUUUUAUGGGAUACCCGUCACCCUCUUCCAGGAGUUCAGAGGUCUUCAUGCCUUCUGGAAGUUCCCACUACAUGACCGAAGGUUCCAGGGUCUGGCCGUGGCAUGGAUGACUGCAAUGGUCAGCCUCUUCCUUGCACGUCGCAGAAAAGUCUUGGGGAGCUGCACUGGCGUCCUCCUGCUGAUGGCGACACACUUACUUCUUGGUGGGCUUUGGUUCACCUUCGCUCAUUACAGCAAAAAUUCUGAGAGCAGAUGGGGUGUGUCACCGUGGCUGUUCAAAUACGCCAAUUCACGUCUCUUCCGAAAUGACCAGGUGGUAGAGGCACCGAUAGAGCUGGACGGACUGUCCCAACGCCUAGUUGAAGAAUCUCGUCGCUUUCUGGAGGCUCACGCUCGCGACGAGAAACCUUUCUUUCUGAUGCACUCCUUUGGUCAUGUCCACACACCAAUGUUCUCCGCGCCUCAUAUGGCAGGCAGAAGCAAGCACGGCAGGUAUGGAGACAACGUGGAAGAAAUGGACGACAGUGUGGGAAAGGUCCUGGCCACUCUGGCAGAGUUGGGUCUAGAGGACAACACUGUAGUUUAUUUCACAUCAGACCAGGGAGGCCACCUUGAGGCUGUAGAGGACACUGGAGAGCGAAUUGGAGGACACAACGGACGCUUUAAAGGUGGAAAGCGGCAGGGCGGGUCGGAAGGUGGCAUCCGAGUACCAGGAAUAUUCAGAUGGCCAGGACAUAUCCCCAGAGGAGUAACCCUUGAUACGCCCACCUCCCUUAUGGACCUGAUGCCCACUUUGCUUUCCCUGGCUGGUCUUCCUCGAGUUCACACUCUUGUGCCUCAAGCCAUGAACAAGGAGCUGGAUGGCGAGGACAUUUCUGAACUGCUACUGAAGGGAGCCAAAGGAAGCAAGACACCGAGGCUGUUCCUUCACCACUGUGGAACAUCACUACAUGCUGUAAGGAUGGUUUCAGGUGACCAUGUUUAUAAGAUGCAUCUGGCUAAACCCAAGUGGUGGAAGGGCAGCACCCAGUGUGGUUGGCAUCACACAACAGGAUGUGACUGCCAUGGACCAAAUGUCACAGACUUGUCCUCUCAACCUGAGUUGUAUGAUCUGCUCUCUGAUCCUUAUGAAGACUACCCGCCAAUCAGUCCAGACUCAUCAGAGUACAAGUCAGUGGUGCAUGAUCUGAAGGAAUAUGUGAGGCAAUGGAAAGAGAGAGUGACUCUACCACCCUCACAACUCACCACCUUGGCUAAUGCUCUCUGGAAACCAUUCUACCAGCCACACUGCCACACAUGCUGAAAACAGAGAGCACCACAACAACAUACACCUGGCAUCCACAUUAUACUAUGUAAGAAUAGAGUAUCUCCUCUACAUAUGCAUGUGGAUUAUUUCUUCCAAAAUCUGUUCAAGAUUGCACUGUAAUAAAAGUAUGUAUUUUCAGAAAUGUAGGUCUCCAGGUUUUGGAAUUCAAUAGUAUAUUGUUCACAGCUUCUGAAUGUUCUUUUUAGUUUAUCAAUUACAUUCCUACAUGAUGUUGCAAUAACACUGCACUAUAAAGAUGAAAAAUAACUAAGAAUGUUUUGAUAAGGUGUCUCAUACACCAAUGUAAUCAAAUGUUUGACUUUUGUUAUUUAUAAUGAGUUACAGCCAAUUCUUACAUUCAAAGAGUGAUCAUAUUUCAUCAUGUUAAAAAUAAUAAAUUAAUAAAAAUAAAGUAAUUCAA